AUGGUACUUCGAGCUUGGAACGAGCAUGAAGAAAUUAACGAUACUUCUUUAUCUUUGAGUUGUUCUGCCGGAUCGGUCGCUCAAGACCUUUGGUCUCUACCCGGACCCGAUGAAAAAUGGGAUCACUUUUAUGGGUUCGUUGAGAAUGAUUCUGAUCUAGUUCAUGGCCUAUUAGAAGUAGAAGGCCUUUGGGAUCCUCACGGACAGAAAAAGAUUGGGUCAAGAAAUCUCUAUGAAAAAUACGAAUCGGAGUUUGAAGAAGGGGAAGGAGAAGGAGUACUCGACCCGCAACAGAUAGAGGAGGAUUUAUUCAAUCACAUAGUUUGGGCUCCUAGGAUAUGGCGCCCUUGGGGCUUUCUAUUUGAUUGUAUCGAAAGGCCAAAUGAAUUGGGAUUUUAUUGGGCCGGGUCAUUUCGGGCAAGCGGAUCAUUUAUGAAAAAGGAUGAGCUUCAAGAGAAUGAUUCCGGGUUCUUGCAGAGGGAACCAUGCAGUACCAGGCACGAGAUAGAUCUUCCAAAGAACAAGAUGAAGAGAUGUCAAAGGGCUUUUACUUCCCAAACAGAUCCUCCUACAUCUAUAUAUAAACGCUGGUUUAUCAAGAAUACGCAAGAAAAGCACUUCGAAUUAUUGAUUCAUCGCCAGAGAUGGCUUAGAACCAAUAGUUCAUUAUCUAAUGGAUUUUUCCGUUCUAAUACUCCAUCCGAGAGUUAUCAGUAUUUAUCAAAUCUGUUCCUAUCUAACGGAAGGCUAUUGGAUCAAAUGACAAAGACAUUGUUGAGAAAAAGAUGGCUUUUCCCGGAUGAAAUGAAAAUUGAUUCAUGUAAGAGGAGAAAGGUUUCAUUACUUAGCCGGAAAGAUAUGUGGUCAUGA